AUGGUCGCGUCAAGGCUCGAUAGACUAGUCACCUUGCUCGACAAAGGAAGCACUCAACUCAUCCGCAAUACAGCGGCGACACAGCUUGCAGAUAUCCAGAAGCAAACGCCGGACAGUCUCUUUGCCCUUCUCUCUCGAAUAUUGCCAUUCCUCCAGAGCAAGUCAUGGGACACCCGUACUGCUGCUGCCAAAGCAAUUGGUGGCAUUGUUGCGAAUGCUGAACCCUUCGACCCUAACGAGGAUGACGACCAUAAUGUGAAGACCGACGACGUCAAAUUUGAACCAUCGGGUCCGGGAGCAACGUCAGAUCAACUGCUCCGGCUUGUCGACCUCAAUCUUGCGUUGAUACUUGAGAAUGGUAAACCCUUGCUCUCCAGCGCCUCGCGGGAGUACGAGCUAUCUCAGGCCGACUUGAGCCCUUCAGAGCGUCUCGCCCGCCAGAAAAAGUCACUGUUCGCUCGACUCGGACUUACUGGCGAGCCAUACGACGAGGAGCUCGAUGUGGACACAGAACUUAUUGCUAAAGCCGCGAAACCUGUUCACAUCACGAAGAAGAAUGGCGCUGUCACUGUCAAGAGACCAUCUCGAUCGACCUCGCCAUCACCUGGCUCGCCUCAAGUCGAAGGGGAGUCGCUACUUAGCAAAAGACAGUUGAAUCAACUCAAGCGCCAGCAGAAGAUGUCAGCCAAGUCUGGUGCUAACAAGAUGCGUGUGGUUGAUCUGUCAGCACGACAGAAAACUAAUUCCGCAUCAACGCCGACGCCACAUCCAGUCCGAGUCAACGGAAAAGAAGAUGGGGAUUCUGAGGAAGAUGGCAGACCCGACUAUUUCAACAUCAAACGUGAGGGCUCGGACGACGACACACAGCUAAUCAAGGAGUUCAAAGGCGAGAACGAUGAUGCCAAACCUGUCAUCCAACCAGACGAGUCCGACGCCCCAGAGUGGCCUUACGAAGUGAUGUGCGACUUUCUCGCAUACGAUCUGUUCUCUCCUUACUGGGACAUCCGGCACGGAGCCGCGCUAGGUCUCAGGGAAGUCCUCCGCGUACAUGCUAAGGGCGCUGGUCGUCAGUAUGGCAGGUCCAGGUGCGACAAUGAUCUGGCUAAUAAGCACUGGCUCGACGAGAUGGCAUGUCGCCUGCUCUGCGUUCUGAUGCUUGAUCGCUUCGGUGAUUAUGUUUCAGACACAGUUGUCGCGCCUAUCCGAGAGUCAGUUGGCCAAACGCUGGGCGUCUUGCUCACACGGGUGUCGGACGACACAGCGGUCGAAAUCUACGACAUCUUACAGCAGAUGAUCAGCCAAACGAAUACUGGCCUGAAACAGCCAAUAUGGCAAGUCUGUCACGGCGGCAUGAUUGGCCUCCGAUAUUUUGUGGCUGUCAAGAAGGAUCUUCUGCUUGAGAGAGCCGAUCUCAUCGACGGUGUUCUUGCCGCAGUCACAAGAGGCCUUGCUCACUCGGACGAUGAUGUGAAGUCUGUAAGUGCAGCGACCCUGGUGCCUAUGGUCGCAGAACUCACGACAGCGCGUCCCGAUUCCAUUGGCCCCUUGAUGCUUGUUGUCUGGGACUGUCUACUUGACAUGCAGGACGAUCUUUCAGCCAGCACAGGUGCUGUCAUGGACUUACUUGCCAACUUGUGUUCAUACCCCACAGUGCUGCAAGCCAUGGCUCAGAAUGCAAGAGACGACCCAGAGCAAUCCUUCAACUCGCUCAUUCCGAGGUUGUAUCCAUUCUUCAGACAUACGAUCACUAGUGUUCGAAUGUCUGUUGUCAAGGCACUCGCGACCUUUUUGAACACAACGAGCCUCAGUGGCACCGCAUGGAUUGACUGGCGAUUGAUACGUCUGCUGUUCCAGGAUAUGCUUCUCGAGCGCAAUGAGGGUGUACUUCGAGCUGCAUUCGAGCUAUGGUCAAACAUGAUCGAUGUCCUGAAAGAGAUUACGCACAGCCCGGCACUGGAGCCUCACAUCAUGCCGAUGGUCAGAUGCGCAACUCAACCUAUUGGUCAACCAUUGACUCCGAUCCCCUUGGACACGACUCUGCUCAUCAAGUCAUCAGGAGCCCCGAUGGCAGCUGCGCUUCCACGUCAUAACGGUCAUGACGAUCAACAUAGCCGAAAGCGUCGGAAGGUGGAGGAAGAGCCUCAGAAAAUUGACAGUCACAACGUGGACGGACACAUCAUCAACGGCGAUGUUGAAUUGGUCGGCAUGGAAACGCUGCUGAGGACCAGAAUCACUUGCGCUAGAGCGUUAGGUCUACUUCUCCCGUUGCAGAGCUCCGAGGCCAUCGACAAUGUCUGGUCUCAUCUUACUGCCAACCUUCGAUCUACGUUCUCGACUGACUGCAUGUUCUCCUCGAUGGUUAUGGGAGAGCUAGCGAGCAGUCCGAGCGCGAGACCGAAGAAUGCUCGUCUAGAGGCUGUCGGCGUUGCUGUGCAGCACAUGCUUGACCAUGUCGAUGAAGGGUGGUACAGCGACCUCGUACAUUCUCUGCGAUUGGCGAGGGGUCAGUGCGACACGCUGCUCAACGCUUUCCAUUCCAUCGCAAACGUCCCUAGGCACAAAUUGCCUACUGUUGCGGUCCUUUGUCAAGGCGAGCCCCACGCCGGCCCCAGUGCCUUCUCUUUGAAGAAUGCAGAGACCAUAGUCGGCGACGACUUUGACAGACUGUUGAAGGCCCUCAGUCCAGCACAACGAAUUGCCGGAAUUCAAGCAUUGAGAGAUGCCCGGGACAAUGCGAAGGAAGUCGUCGAACAAGCGAAGCGCGUCAAGGAAAGUCGCGACAUAGCUGUCCGCUCUGCUGGAGCGGCAGUUCUUAUCGCACUGAGAGAAAUUCCGAAGAAGCCAGGCCAGCUGAUCAAGUGCAUCAUGGACAGCAUCAAAGCCGAGGAAUACGAAGAAGUCCAGCAACGAUCAGCUACAGCCGUUGCCGCUCUGAUCGACUUCUAUACUCAAAGUCCAAAGAAAGGCCCCGUCGACAAGCUGGUGUCGAACCUCACCAAAUUUUCAUGCGUAGACACCUCAGAAACGCCCGAGUACGGACCGAAUAGCGAGUCCAACGAUAUCAUGCUAUCGCUGCGCAAGGAAGAAGAUCGAAAAGACCAUCCCGAUGCUGCUCGGUUUGAACGAGAGGCCAAGGAAGCUCGUAUCAUGCGGCGAGGAUCAAAAUUAGCGUUGGGUCAGCUUGCUAAGUUGUACGGAAAGGACCUCAUGCACCGUCUGCCGGUUCUGCAGAGUUUGAUCGAGCGCCCGUUGCAAUCGUGGUCGAGCCAAGCGUCUGUCGAGAAGCUAGCUGAUGCCGAUGGCCAAGAAGUCGUCGACGCACUCUCCAUUAUGCGAACUCUGACGCCCAUGGUUGACGAAGAACUGCACUCCUGGAUCCUGUCCCAAGUGCCAGUGGUGACAACUGCUCUGAGGAGCAAUCUCUCAGUCAUUCGAUACAUGGCAGCUAAGUGCUUUGCAACUGUCUGCAGCACGUUGUCUGUUCAAGCAAUGACCGUGUUGGUUCAAGAGGUCAUGCCCAACAUUGGCAACCCGCUCAGCCUCCACGACCGUCAAGGUAUCACGGAGUGCGUGUAUCACCUGAUUCAAAUUAUGGGAGACCAGAUAUUGCCAUAUGUCAUCUUCCUUAUUGUACCUGUGUUGGGACGCAUGAGCGAUUCCAAUGAAGAUGUCCGGCUGCUGGCGACAACCUCAUUUGCAACUUUGGUAAAGCUUGUGCCGCUCGAAGCGGGUAUUCCAGACCCUCCUGGCAUGCCUGAAGCACUACUUCGCGGUCGGGAGCGAGAGAGGCAGUUCAUGGCGCAAAUGCUGGAUCCAAAGAAGGUCGAAGCUUUCCAAAUUCCGGUUGCCAUCAAGGCUGAGCUCAGACCUUACCAGCAAGACGGUGUGAACUGGUUGAACUUUCUCAACAAGUACAAUCUGCAUGGGGUACUUUGCGACGACAUGGGUCUGGGCAAGACUCUGCAAACACUUUGUAUGGUCGCCAGUGAUCAUCACAUGAGGGCGGAAGAGUAUGCACGUACGCAGGCACCCGACAAGCGUCGCUUGCCUUCACUCAUCGUCUGUCCUCCCAGUCUUUCUGGUCACUGGCAGCAGGAGAUCUCGCAAUUUGCACCCUUUCUGACCUGUGUGGCGUACGUUGGUGGGCCAGGCGAGCGAAACAGUCGGAAACAUCUUCUAGCAGAUGCUGAUAUUGUGGUGACAACAUACGACAUCUGUCGCAACGAGAGCGAUGUGCUUACUGCUCUCACAUGGAACUAUUGCGUUCUCGACGAAGGGCAUCUGAUCAAGAAUCCGAAAGCAAAGAUCACGCAGGCUGUCAAGAAGGUUAACAGCAAUCAUCGCCUCAUCUUGUCCGGAACUCCGAUUCAGAAUAACGUCUUGGAGUUGUGGUCUUUAUUCGACUUCCUGAUGCCAGGCUUCCUCGGAACAGAGAGAGUCUUCCACGAUCGGUUCGCCAAGCCUAUCGCAGCCAGUCGCAAUGCGAAGUCGUCUUCGCGAGAACAGGAAACAGGUGCCUUGGCAAUCGAGGCUCUGCAUAAGCAAGUUCUACCUUUUCUGUUGAGACGAUUGAAAGAGGAAGUACUCAAUGAUCUACCGCCCAAGAUACUCCAGAACUAUUACUGCGACCUCAGUGAUUUGCAGCGUCAACUGUUCGACGACUUCUUCAAGAAGGAGAAGAAGACUGUGGAAGCAAGCGUCGACUCCAACGACAAAGAGGCAAAACAGCACAUUUUCCAGUCUCUGCAGUAUAUGCGGAAGUUGUGUAACUCACCCGCCCUCGUGGUCAAAGAAGGAAACGCACAAUAUGACAACGUCCAGAAACAGCUUGCGGCGUCGAAGUCGAAUCUCCGAGACGUUGCACAUGCUCCAAAGCUGAGGGCUUUACGAGACCUGCUGGUUGAUUGUGGCAUCGGCGUCGAUGACAAGGCUGCCGACGCGUCAGCUUCAACCUUUGUCUCGCCACAUCACGGAAUCUUCGACAAGCUGCUGCCAGGCGUGCAACAUCUGCGCCUCGAUGGCAGUGUUGAAGCCACAAAACGACAAAGUAUCGUCAACAAGUUUAAUAACGAUCCCAGUUACGACUGUCUAUUACUCACGACUAGUGUGGGCGGCCUGGGUCUCAAUCUGACUGGUGCCGACACUGUCAUCUUUGUGGAGCACGACUGGAAUCCCCAAAAGGAUAUACAGGCCAUGGACCGAGCUCACCGGAUUGGUCAGAAGAAGGUUGUUAAUGUCUACCGACUGAUCACUCGCGGCACGCUCGAAGAGAAGAUUCUGAGCUUGCAGCGGUUCAAGAUUGACGUGGCGUCGACUGUGGUGAAUCAGCAGAAUGCCGGACUGGGCACCAUGGAGACCGAUCAGAUCUUGGAUCUCUUCAAUCUCGAUACGCCUGACUUGGCCGCUACCGGAGAGACCGCUGCGAGUAAGGAUGAGGAUCUCGUGGAUGUGGAGACAGGUGAGGUGAAGAAGAAGGGCGAGAAAGGGUGGCUUAACGAUGUCGGAGAUCUUUGGGACGACCGACAGUAUCAGGAAGAAUUCAACUUGGACUCGUUUGUGCAGAAUUUGCAGAAAUAG